AUGGAUACUUCAAAAUAUCAAACUUCCUCUAUUAUUGGAAUAAAGCGUACACGUUCAAGUGAACCAAAGAUUUCAACAUCUAACUUAAUAAGAGAAUGUGAAGUGAGAAGCUUAAUCCUUUCCAAGAAACUUAAAGUCCGUGAUCUGAUUCAAUUCUUUAAAAGUAAACUUAAAGAAGAACCUAGAAACAAGGAACGUCUUAUUUCGAUAACGAAGGAUAUUGCAGCUUACAAGGAUGGAUACCUUACUUCCCCUUCCCUCAAAAUGGGAUUUUAUAUUAAAUUUCGGGAAUUAAUAGAGAAUAUUGAUGAAAAAGAAAAAAGUCUUUAUGAUCCUGAAUAUGAAAAAGAUUCUUGUGGUGUAGGUUUCAUCGUACAUAUCAAAGGUGCACCUUCUCACAAAAUUCUUAGCGAUGCUAGAGGUAUCCUUUGUAAUAUGACCCACAGGGGAGCUGUGGGUGCGGAUGCACGUGACGGGGAUGGGGCCGGUGUUAUGACUGGAAUUCCUCAUGAUUUUUUUCAUUUAGAAACUUCAAGGUUGGGUAUUAAUUUACCUCCUCAAGGUCAAUAUGCUGUUGGUAAUAUAUUUUUAAAACCUGAACCAAUAGUAAUGGAGGAAAGCAAGCAAACUUUUGAACGAAUUGCUGAAAAUUUAAAUCUCAAGGUUCUAGGUUGGCGAGAAGUUCCCAAGGAUAAUUCUAUCCUUGGUCCUUCUGCAAAAUCGCGUGAACCCGUAAUUUUACAACCAUUUGUUACUUUAGCUUCGCUUAAUAAUUCCGAUGAAAAACAAUCAUCAACUUAUCAAGAUGAUAUUAAUAUGUUUGAUGAAACUUAUUUUGCUCGUCAACUUUAUGUUCUCCGAAAACACUCCACUCAUACCAUUUCCGUUAAAAAAUGGUUCUAUAUUUGUUCCUUAUCAAACAAAAAUAUUAUUUAUAAGGGUCAAUUAGCUCCCGUACAAGUUUACAAUUAUUUCCAUGACUUAAACAAUGUCCACUAUAAAACUCAUUUUGCUUUGGUUCAUUCACGUUUCUCCACAAACACUUUUCCCUCUUGGGACCGUGCUCAACCGAUGCGUUGGUGUGCUCACAAUGGUGAAAUAAACACUUUACGUGGAAACAAAAAUUGGAUGAGAGCUCGUGAGGGUAUCAUGAAAUCAGAUUUAUUUGGAAAUGAAUUAGAAAAAUUAUAUCCUAUUAUUGAGGAAGGAGGUUCUGAUUCAGCUGCUUUUGACAAUGUACUCGAAUUGCUUGUCAUUAAUGGAGUGUUAACUCUUCCCGAAGCCGUAAUGGUAAUGAUUCCUGAAGCUUGGCAAAAUAAUCACACUAUGGAACCAGAAAAACGUGCAUUUUAUCGAUGGGCUGCUUGUCUUAUGGAACCUUGGGAUGGACCAGCCUUAUUUACAUUCUCAGAUGGUCGUUAUUGUGGGGCUAGUUUAGAUCGUAACGGUUUACGUCCAUGUCGUUUUUAUAUUACCACUGAUGAUUUGAUGAUUUGUGCAUCCGAAGUUGGAACUAUUCCAAUUGAACCCGAGAAAGUUGUGCAAAAAGGACGUUUACAACCAGGAAAAAUGUUAUUAGUUGAUACAGAAGAAGGUUGCGUUGUAGAUGACAAAGAAUUGAAAUUAACUGUUGCUUCUCGAGAAAAUUUCCAUGAAUGGAUCGAAAAGCAAUUAGUCUCUCUAGAUAGUGUAAUUCAAAAAAUUAAAGCUACUGGUAAUGGUAUUGAAGUUGAAUUGGACAAUCUCACUAUUUCCGAAGAUCCAAGAUUACAAGCUUUAGGAUCUAUGGGCAAUGAUUCAUCUUUAGCUUGUUUAUCGAGUCAACCACGAUUAAUUUAUGAUUAUUUCAGACAACUUUUCGCUCAAGUUACCAAUCCACCAAUUGAUCCUAUUCGUGAAGAAAUUGUCAUGUCUCUAGAGUGCUAUGUCGGUCCGGAAGGAAAUAUUUUAGAAAUUAAUGAACAACAAACUCAUAGGCUUGCAUUGCCUUCCCCAGUACUUACAAUUGAGGAAUUAAAUGCUAUCAAACGAAUGGAUCGAGUUGUACCAGAUUGGAAUGUUGCAACCAUUGAUAUUACAUUCCCUAAACAAGAAGGUGUUCCCGGUUACCUUCUUGCUUUGGAACGUGUUUGUGCUGAAGUAUCUAUGGCCAUUCAAGAAGGACUUAAAGUUGUUGUUCUUUCUGAUACAGCCGUUAAUGCGGAACGAGUUGCAAUUUCUUCAUUAAUUGCUGUCGGUGGUGUCCAUCAUUACCUUGUUCGAAAUAAACAACGUUCAAAGAUUGCUCUUAUAAUUGAAACAGCGGAAGCACGCGAAGUACAUCAUGUUUGUGUCUUAUUAGGUUACGGUGCAGAUGCAAUUUGCCCUUAUCUUAUCUUAGAAACUAUUUUAAAAUUAAAACGUGAAAAAGCACUCAAAAGUGAAUUACCUAUUGAAAAAAUUAUUAGCAACUAUAAAUCAGCAAUCAAUAAUGGUAUACUUAAAGUUAUGUCAAAAAUGGGAAUUUCAACUUUACAAAGUUAUAAAGGUGCACAAAUUUUUGAAGCUUUGGGUAUUGAUGAAAGUGUCAUUGCUCGAUGCUUUGCUGGUACAGCUAGUAGAAUAAAAGGAACAACAUUUCAUAUUUUGGCUCUGGAUGCACUUGCUUUCCAUGAACAAGGUUAUCCUACUCGUGAUAUUAUCAUGCCUCCAGGUCUUCCUGAAGCUGGUGAAUUUCAUUGGCGCGACGGUGGUGAACCUCAUAUUAACGAUCCUGUGGGGAUCGCAAAUUUACAAGACGCAGUUCGUAAAAAAAAUCAAAUAUCUUACGACGCCUAUUCUAGAAAUGCAUUUGAACAAAUCAAAAAUUGUACAUUACGUGGUCUUCUUGACUUCGAUUAUGAAAAUUCCAAACCUAUCCCAAUAGAUCAAGUCGAACCAUGGACUUCUAUUGUCAAAAGAUUUUGUACUGGUGCUAUGUCUUAUGGUUCAAUUUCAAUGGAAGCCCAUUCUUCUUUAGCCAUUGCCAUGAAUCGUUUAGGGGGAAAAUCAAACACUGGUGAAGGUGGUGAAGAUUCUGCACGUUCAAUCCCGUUACCAAAUGGUGAUUCUAUGCGUUCUUCUAUUAAACAAGUCGCAUCGGGUCGUUUCGGUGUUACUUCUUAUUAUCUAUCUGAUUCUGAUGAGUUACAAAUUAAAAUGGCUCAAGGUGCCAAGCCAGGAGAAGGAGGUGAACUUAAGGGAACUAAAAUAGAUGAAAAAAUUGCACGAUGUUGGGCUCCUGGUACCGAAUUUCUCAUGUUCGAUGGUUCAAUAAAAAAAGUUGAAGAAAUUCAAAUUAAUGACAAGUUGAUGGGCGAUGACAACACUAUCCGUAAUGUUCUUGGAAUUAACAAUGGUCGAGGGCAAAUGUAUCGAAUUCAAACUGGCAAAAUGUGCCCAGGUGACUCAUUUGAAGUAAAUGAUGAACAUAUCCUUUGUCUCAAAAUAAGUAGAGCUCCAAAAGUUUAUAAACACCAAAGAUGCUGUGGCAAUAAAUCUCAAUGGGAAUAUAUAUUAGAAUGGUGGGAACACAUACCUGAAACUAAUAGCAUUAAAAAAAUGAAUAAAUACUUCAAAUUCCCAUCCAAGAAUUGGUCAAGCGAAGCUUCCGCUAAAAAAGCUGCAGAAAUAGCUAAAAAUUGUGUGCCAAAUCUUAAUAAAGAUGGAUUUGUUUGGGAAAUUAGUGUUAAUAAUUACAUAGUACAACCGAAAUUUAUUCAGAAAGUGUGCACAUUAUAUAUGCCUGGAGUUAUAAACUUUCCAUCUCGUGAAGGAUAUCUUGCUGGAAUUAUUCAUAAAGUACUUAACAAAAAACUUGACACUAAACAACUUCACGAAAUCGCAUGGCUCAUUGGCGCACAGAUAGGAGGCAGUUUUAUUGUUUAUCAGAAUGGCGAUUUUAUUAACAGAGUAAAGAAUGCUGUCAAGGCUAUCGGAUGCGAGAUCACUACGACGAUCCAAAAGAAUUUUAAAAAAUCCAAUAAUGAAUUUGCGACCUUUUAUAUUAACACCAACAAAAAUGAAAUCACAAAAUUGGUUAUUCACGGCGAUUCAUUUACUGUAAUCUUGCAUGAACUCGGUAUUUUGAACAAUAAAGGUGAUGACUCAAAGGUUUUCCCUCGUGCAUUGAUUCUCGAUAAAUUAGAUGUUCGUUUGCAUCUUCUUUCUGGUUUAAUUGAUGUUGCUGGAAGCUAUAAAGAGAACAAAAAUAUAUUUAAUUUCAUCCAUCAGAAACAUAUUGUCGACACAGUCCGAGAAUUGGCAAAUCUCUCUGGGUUAAAUGCAAGAAAGGUUACUACUUUUAUUAAAAAUGACGAAAUACAAACUCAAUCUAUGUGGCACGUACGUAUUGGAGGUCACAACGUUCAUUUACUUCCAACUACUAGUAAAAAGUUCGUUCCUAAAUGCUCCGAAAAAGAAAAUUGUUGUCACUAUAACUCUUGGGGCUUUAAAGUAAUUCCAACAGAUACUAAUGGUCAAUUUUACGGUUUUACCACCAAUGGAAAUGAACGAAUGCUCCUUCGUGACUGUACCGUAACACAUAAUACACGAAAAACUGUUCCCGGUGUCGGUUUAAUUUCUCCACCUCCUCAUCACGAUAUUUAUUCUAUUGAAGACUUAAAACAAUUGAUUUAUGAUUUAAAAUGUUCCAAUCCACGAGCUCGUGUUUCUGUAAAAUUGGUAUCAGAGGUUGGUGUCGGUAUCGUUGCCUCAGGUGUAGCUAAAGCUAAAGCUGAUCAUAUUUUAAUUUCUGGCCAUGAUGGCGGUACCGGUGCUUCCCGAUGGACUAGUAUAAAAUAUGCAGGUUUACCAUGGGAAUUGGGUCUAGCAGAAACUCAUCAAACUCUUGUAUUAAAUGAUCUUCGAGGUCGGGUAGUUGUUCAAACAGAUGGUCAAAUUAGGACUGGUCGUGACGUAGCAAUCGCAUGUUUAUUGGGUGCUGAAGAAUGGGGAUUUGCUACAUUACCUUUAAUCGCUAUGGGUUGUAUUAUGAUGAGAAAAUGUCACUUAAAUACUUGUCCAGUCGGUAUUGCUACUCAAGAUCCUGAACUUAGAAAGAAAUUUGAAGGUCAACCCGAAGAUGUAAUUAACUUCUUUUGUUACGUUGCUGAAGAGUGCCGUCAAAUUAUGGCCAUGCUCGGUUUCCGCACUAUAAAUGAGAUGGUCGGCCGAUCAGAUAAACUAAAAGUAAACGACUCUUUACGCAAUGCAAAGACAGAAAAUAUAGAUCUAACUCCAAUUUUAACUCCUGCUUUUACUUUACGCCCUGGAGUUGCAACUUAUAAUGUUCAUAAACAAGAUCACAGGCUUUAUAUUCGUUUAGAUAACAAACUUAUUGAUGAAUCAAUAGAUGCAUUAACAAAGAAAAAACCUAUUACAAUUGAUUGUGAUAUUCUGAAUACAGACCGUACUCUUGGUUCCACUUUAGCAUGUCACGUUUCAAGAGCACAUGGUGAAAAUGGUCUACCUGAUGGUACAAUUCAUGUUAAUAUUAAAGGUUCUGCCGGACAAUCAUUUGGUGCCUUUAUAGCUUCAGGAAUUACUCUAGAAUUAGAAGGCGAUGCCAAUGAUUAUGUAGGUAAAGGUUUAUCCGGUGGUCGUAUAAUCGUAUAUCCCCCUAAAGUUUCAACCUUUAAAUCAGAAGACAAUAUCAUUGUUGGUAAUGUGUGCUUAUAUGGUGCUACUGGAGGCCAAGCAUUCUUCCGAGGAAUUGCUGCUGAACGUUUCUGUGUACGUAAUUCUGGUGCCUCCGCUGUAGUGGAAGGUGUUGGUGAUCAUGGUUGUGAAUAUAUGACUGGUGGUCGUGUAGUAGUUUUAGGUUCAGUUGGUCGUAACUUUGCAGCUGGUAUGAGUGGCGGUACUGCUUACAUUCUAGAUCAGGCACAAGAUUUCCGUAGUAAAUGUAAUUUUGAAAUGGUGUGCCUUGAAACCGUCAAUGAACCUCAAGAAAUCGAAAUUUUACGUGAAUUGAUAACAGAUCAUUAUAGAUAUACUGGAUCAGAAAUUGCCGAUAAAGUUUUGAGAAACUUUAAUCAAAUACUUCCAUUAUUUGUUAAAGUUAUGCCGACCGAUUACAAAGCUAUUUUAGAAAAAAACAGACUUGCAGCUGAAGAAGCCAAAAAGAAACAAGAAGCCAUAAUCGUAGAGCCACCGAAACCACAAGUUUCUGUUAAACAUAAAGAACCAACCCUUUUAGAUAUUGAAGAUACAAUGGUUGGAGAAGAAACUGUCAAGAGAAUUGAGAAUCUUGACAAACUUCACGGAUUCAUGAAAUACAAAAGAAAAGUUGAUAAUUACCGAAAUCCUCGUAAACGUACUAAAGACUGGAAAGAAAUCAAUGCACGCCUCAGUGAAAAUGAUCUCAAAGUACAAGCAGCUCGUUGUAUGGAUUGUGGAAUACCUUUCUGUCAAUCAGAUAAUGGAUGUCCUAUUGGUAAUAUUAUUCCUAAAUGGAAUGAACUUGUAUUUAAUGAUCAAUGGCGUGAUGCCUUAAAUCGUUUGUUAAUGACAUGCAAUUUCCCCGAGUUCACCGGUCGGGUAUGCCCAGCACCAUGUGAAGGCGCAUGCGUCUUAGGUAUCAAUGAAGCACCUGUUAGUAUAAAAUCAAUUGAAGCCGCCAUAAUUGAUAAAGGAUUUGAAAUGGGAUGGAUUUCCCCAAGACCACCAGUCAUCAGAACCGGAAAGAAAGUCGCAAUUAUUGGAUCUGGACCCGCUGGUCUUGCUGCCGCAGAUCAAUUAAACAAAUCAGGCCAUACUAUUACAGUCUACGAUCGUAACGACCGUUUUGGUGGAUUAUUAAUGUACGGUAUUCCAAAUAUGAAACUAGAUAAAAAAAUAGUUCAAAGACGUAUUGAUCUCUUGGCUGCAGAAGGAAUCAAAUUCGUUGCAAAUGCACAUGUUGGAGUCAAUGUUGAUGCAGGAAAAAUUAAACGCGAAAGUGACGCACUAAUAGUUGCCACUGGAGCAACGUGGCCAAGAGAUUUGAAGAUACCGAAUCGAAAUUUGGAUGGAAUACAUUUUGCAAUGGAAUUUUUACAGUUAAAUACACAAAGUUUAUUAGAUUCAAAUCUUCAAGAUAACAAAUUUAUUAAUGCAAAGGAUAAACAUGUUAUAGUUAUAGGUGGAGGGGAUACUGGUACAGAUUGUAUAGCCACAUCAAUUCGUCAUGCAACCCGAGAUAAAGAUAAUCCAUGGCCCACCUACCCAAGGGUCUUCAGAGUUGAUUAUGGUCAUGCUGAGGUCCAAGUACAAUUCGGAAAGGAUCCUCGAGAAUAUUGCGUUCUUACAAAAGAGUUCGUUUCAGAUGGAAAUGGCAAAAUAAAAGGAAUAAAUUCUAUUCGAGUAGAAUGGUCAAAGGAUCCAAAUGGUAGAUGGCAAAUGAAAGAAAUACCAGGAAGUGAGCAAUAUUUCCAAGCAGAUUUAGUAUUCUUAGCUAUGGGAUUCUUGGGACCAGAAGAAAAAUUGAUAGAAAGUUUAGGAUUAAAAACUGAUUCUCGCACGAACAUUGAAACGCCGAAAGGAAAAUAUUGUACGGCGGUACCCGGUAUAUUUGCAGCCGGUGAUGCCCGUCGCGGACAAAGUUUGAUAGUCUGGGGUAUCAAUGAAGGUCGACAGGCUGCUAGAGAAGUAGAUCAGUUUUUAAUGGGAGACACAAUGCUACCUGUUCCCGGUGGUAUAAAACAACGCACAAUAGAGUCUUUGUUACAUCAAACAACCACUAGUCUGGUGGCCCUUGCCAAUUAA